GCUUAUGUCCAGCAACUGAUUCUGGGAGAAGUAGUGGCACAAUUCUUGCUCUACACACACACACACAACUAAGCUUGGUUACUCAGGGAGGAUUUUCCUUUCCACGCUGAAGGUGUGCCACCCAGCUCCAGAACUCCACCUCCAGGAAACGCUGAGCGGAAGACGCCUCUGGACUUUGCAAAGCUUUCAACUUCUCUUUCCAGGUUCCCAGCUCUCAAGCGAUGUCUCAGGAGGAUGGGAGUGCCAACCCAGCAUCUCUCCACUGUGGCCUCAUCCACCAUCUGGACCACUUGGUGAUGACCGUGAGGAACAUUGAGGACACAGUGGCCUUCUACACCCAGGUCCUUGGCAUGGAGAUUGUCUACUUUAAGGGAACCCGCAGAGCCUUACAUUUUGGGAACCAGAAGAUUAACCUCCAUGAACUGGGGAAAGAGUUUGAGCCCAAAGCCCAACACUCGACUCCUGGUUCCUUGGAUAUCUGUCUCAUCACGGAGGUGCCUCUGGAGCAACUCAUGGAACGAUUGAAGGCCUGUGGGGUAAAAAUUGAAGAAGGUCCAGUAUCCAGAACAGGGGCAAUGGGCCCCAUAACAUCCAUUUACCUCCGAGAUCCUGACCAGAACUUGCUGGAAAUCUCCAAUUAUGGCAGCCAGUUAGAAGCACAGUAAAUUCACCAGAGUCCAUUGCUCCCUUUUCAUGUAUGAAAAAUCAGGUGUGUCUGGAUCACAGCACUUGAUGUAGUCCCUGGACUGGGACCAUUCCAGAAUAAAGACAGAAUUUUAAAGAGGUUAUCCAAGUUGCUGAACCCAUUUGAAGAAACAGAGCUUAGUAAUUCAGAUGCAUCCUUUAAAGUUUGGUCUAAAAUCCAGAGUGUACUGUCCAUGCCACCUGCAUGAAAGCCCCAACUGUCAUGUCCCCAAGAGAAAAGGAAAAGGAAAAAGCAAAGACAGCUGGAAGCAUCCAAAAAAAAUAUGAUGUGGAAAAGUGACCAAGUGAUGGAAAGAGGGAUCGUUUUACUAUUGAAAAUAGCCCAACGCAUUUCAGACAGGGAAAUAUUUUGCAUGGUCUUCUUUGCAAGCUAUUAAAAGCAAAAAGGACAAAACAUAGG